AUGUCGAAACCCGUGGCCAUCGUGACUGGAGCCGGAUCCGGCAUUGGCGAAGCCGUCGCAAUCCAUCUCUACAAGAAAGGAUACAAGGUCGUAGUCGCAGAUUUGAACAGUACUGCGGGCGAAAAUGUCGCCAGCACACUAGGCCCAGACGCGCUCUUCGUCCAGACAGAUGUGUCGUCCUACCGCUCACAAGCGCAACUUCUAAAGAAGGCAUAUGAAUGGGGUGGCAACAGAGUCGACUUCUUCCACGCCAAUGCAGGGAUCGAUGAUCGGCAAAACUUGUACGAUUCCGAAGAGAAGGAAGAGUUAGAUGAGGACGGCUUACUGAAACCACUGAAUACAAAGACCAUGGAGGUUAAUCUUGAAGCAGUGAUACAGGGGUUGUGGCUGUUCAAGUACUAUGUGAGAAGGAGUAAGGAGGCGGGCGGCGGGAAAGGGCACUUCGUUGCGACGAGUAGUUCAGCUGGGCUAUAUCACAUGCCCCAAUGCCCGCAAUACACCGCCUCCAAAUACGGCGUCAUCGGCCUCUGUCGCGCCGCAGGACCCGUAUUCGUCAAGGAAGGCAUCACUGUAAACGCCAUUUGCCCGGCAUUCAUACCAACGAACCUCUGUCCACCAGAAGUGCUCAAGCGCUGGCCUAAAGAACAUAUCACGCCUUUGUCGACGGUUAACAAGGCAAUUGAUGCCUUCUUGGCUGAUGGUACGCUGACGGGACAGGCUGUGGAACUCUCACAGGAGAAUAUCUACUUUAGAGAACAAGUUGAUUGGCCGAAUGAGAGUCAAAGGUGGAUUGGGACUAAGAGUAAUGAGAUUUGGGAUGUGGGGUAUCAGGAGCCGCCGAAGAGGGAAGGAUACUGA